AUGGCCGACCCGUCGAGGGCAGCCGCUUCGCUAAAGCCAGACAUUCGACUGGCUCAAGCAAUUUCGAUGCUUUUGGCUAAUCUACCCGAUGAGCAGAGACGUUCAUUUAGAACGCAGGGAGAGGAACUUUCACCUCCGACGAUCACAGAUGUCAUGAGAGUUGUAGCCGAAGUUGAUAUGGUUACGAGAGGAAAACAGAAAGGUAGUAGUCGGGCUUUUGGACCACGGCUGACCAAUUUCUUGGAAGCUGUACAGGAGUUCGCCUCUAUUGGAGAGGUCGUGCUAGGCGGAUCUAUGUCGUCUCUUGCUGCAAGUGUCUGGUUGAUUGUACGCCUGACGAUCAUGAUGCUUGCGGAGUAUCCUCGAUGGCUGGAGAAGGUGUCUACAAUGCUUAUGAGCGCCGGUCGCACCGCGCCCCGUCGCAUGGAAAUAAGCAUGUUUUACGCGCGGUCUAAACACCUUCAAUCAUGUCUUCAUGAAUACUUCAGCGUCGUUGUCCAUACUUGCCACUAUAUAGUCAAGUCGCUACAAAGCUCAAUCUUUGCAAAGUUUAUAUCCUUCGCCACGGACUCUAAACUGAAAGGCUAUGAGUCAGAUCUCGAGCGUUGGGCAACGAUGAUCAAGGAGGAAAUGAAGAUUCUACAAAGCCAACCAGCUCCGACACGAACCGACGACUUUGCGAACAUCUUUCCUAAUUCUGGCAAAUCUAAGUUGCAAACAAAGAACCUUGCCCACAAUCUUGAAGUCGCCGAAAGAUAUUCAACAUACGACUACUUGACCGCCUGGAAAAGGAUACGAAAGUGUGGAAGCACUAGCUUAUUCACACUUCUCCCUAAAUACCAAAGUUUCAUCGCCUGCAAUGGCUCUUCUACCUUGCUCUACUUAGGCCAGGCAGGAGCAGGAAAGUCGGUCAUACUCGCCAAUAUGGUCGAUGAUCUGGUUCAGAGACAAUCUGAUAGUACCCAAAUCGCCUUUUUCUUUUGUCGGUGGGAUCAAACCGAUUCACUACAAGCCAUUACUAUUCUUUAUUGCUUGUAUCGCCAACUUCUUGAGAACCGUCAAGAUAGGUUCCUCUUUCUCGAAGACGUGCAUGACGGUUCGUCUGAUAGCAGACUGAUGACUAACGUAUUGCGUGAUGCCCUAAACACCAGCAAGAAGACAUAUAUAGUUCUUGAUGGGCUUGAUGGCUGUCAAGAAACAGAGCGGGCGAAGGUAAUUAGUGUACUUCAAGCCCUUCAAGCCCAUUCAUCACUCUCAAUUUGUCUCUCGUCAAGGCCAGGAACCUUGAGUCAUAUUGGAUGGACAGAACUUCAUUUGAUCUACAUCUUGGAGGAUAAUCCUGAUAUCGAAUUUUUUGUGGACUCCGAACUAUCACGGCGGUUCGAGCAAGGGGCGUUGGAGGUUGGAAAUCCUGCCCUUGGCGGUAAGAUCAGAUCUGCCCUAAAAGAAUCCGCAAACGGGAACUUCGUCCGAGUACAAAAGCAAAUAGACUUGCUAUGUGAACAAAACACGGACAGGGAUAUACUCCAAUUACUUUCCGACUUUACAGAAAGUCCUUUCGACGCCAGCGAUACUGAGGCAUUGCCCGUACAGACUACGCCAGUUGCUCCUUCAGCUUUCACGGACUCGGCAUAUGCGUCCGCAUCUUUCACAGAUAGGAGUGGCAAGAACCCAGACGACGAUAAAGGAGCUGAAGAUUCCCUGGGCGGUCCAGAUGGCAAUGAUGUCGACGACGGAGCCACUGAAUACUCCGAUGUCUCGAGUACCACGUUCUCCAGAAAGCGUCUGUACAUAUCAGAGCUAGCUACAGAUCUAUACAAUAGAGUCAGCUCCGGAUCUUCCAAUGCAGGCCAAAUAACUCAAGUGAGUAUUUCUGAUACGCUUCCAAGCCUGCUCAAGGCUUUUGCUCUGAAGAUUGGGUAUUGUGCAACCAGCCAGAUGCAUCGAGAUGUCAUGGCCUUUGUUCACAGGCACAGAAGUGAGAUUACUGCAGCCUUUUUAGAGAUCUGUCUCACCCAGGGUGAGGUUGAGCCUGGAGAGACAAGAGAUCAGUCAGGCUCUAUGAGUUUGCAGGAGCGUAUGGACCUCUGGGAUAAAAAUGAAGAUAUGGACGGAACCUCAGUUGAAGAAGGUUUGGAAAGUCUCGAAAUAUGGGACGGCGAUGAGGAGGAUAUGUAUGAAGAUGCUGACAUUUGGGUUGCGGCUUACCGAGACUUCGCACCUAACACCGAAGCCUACACAUGGUUACUGACCCAACUCCAAAGAGAUAUGGAUUCUACCCAACAAGAACCACCCGCGAUUCAGCUUAUUCGAGAUCAAAUAUUAUCUUCACUUCCACCACCUCAUAGAGUCAGCAGGAGCAUAGCAUCUAAGCCUUGCAGCGUGUUGUUUGAGAUUGACUGGGAUAUUGUUGAGUUCUUUGACUCGCAACAGUACUCCAAGCCUCCAGACGAAGCACUUCCCAGAGUGAUUACUCUCACCGGAUCUUCUUCCGACGCACAAGCUUCAAACUGCGCUCAGUUCUUAAAGCAAACUUGGCCCGUCACAGGGGAGAUGAUGCUGCAUCUUACAGGCGACUUACUAAAGCAAGAGCAGGCCGGUCCACAUCACACCCGGUUGCCAGAUGGUACAAGACUAGCCGCCUGGAUAAAGGAGUCAAAGCUUAUGGUCGAGAUGGAUGGGUCCGCAGCUUCCAUCUCAGAGACUGCAGAGCAGCUUGCCUGGCUGGGAGCGGCUUUGAGGAGUUCGCCACGUGAGAAAGGGCUGGUUUACUGCACUCCUUCUAUCAGAACCACUUACCAGAGUCAGGUAAUGCCACAGGCUGUCGUCUUUGAAAUCGCAUUCGAGACAGAACAACUUCCGGAGUCAUCAGAUAUUGCUAACGGUCAUUGCUGGCAUGGCAUCUUCAAGAACCCCAUCAUCGUGAAAGGUUUUCCCAUUCUGUCGAAACUUCAGAAGGAUACCGGCCUCGAGAUACCUCUGAGCCUCAUGGCAGGCUUAGCUCGAGCCCAGCGUGUUGACCGAUUCAAUGACAAGGUCUACAUAAAGGGCUUCUCGACAAUGCUAGUACCAACUAAACAAAUCAAAGAUGCGGUCUACUGGCACCUAAUUUAUCAAGAAGACGGAUGCCGCAUAUCGUAUCUGGCUGACAAUCUACAGCGGGACGUCGAUCUAGGAUCAUUGGAUUUUGCAAGUUGCCGCCACAUUUUAGGGUGGUGCUCUGAAGCUAAGUUCUAUGCUGGAUCGGCUCAGGCACAGUACGAUGUUAGACAUUCAGAGCUUCCGAAGCCACACUCACAAUGUGCUCUUGCUGGCACCACCAUAACAUUGGGAAGAAUGAUUACGGGAGGUUCAAGCUUCGAACUCGGUAUCAAAGACACGCCAGCGCAUGUGGCUCGCAAUGGCUUUAUUCCGAGACUCAAAUGGAUCUCUUCAAAAUUCUUUCUGCUCUGGGACGAGAAGGACAAACGCGGAUGGCUGACUAACGGCACCAGCGCUUUAUUGCACGUUGUAAGAGCGUCUUUAGCAUUCGACAGCACUGACAAGUUCCAAUCAGCCUUUAUCUUCAAAGCUGAUGACUUACAAGAGUCACCCAAACCCUUUACGGCUGAUUCAGCAAUUGAUGUACUCAUCAACCCUACGAAUCAAGCUUUGAAGCUCUAUCCAGAAAGGAACGGCUUCAUCGUCCUGGCAGACAGAAUUGAUCAGUACUACAAUCUGCUCGAAAAGAUGCUCGACCAUCAGACAGAUAUCGCCAGGCGCCACAGCGCAAACCUUGAGAAGAUGCCACGAAAGUACCUCGAGGGAUGGGACUUCGAGGACUUGAGCGCGAACCGUGAUCCGUUACAUCCACGGUUAGUCACCCUUGAUCCUGCUGGGAAGGGAUGGGUCGACUUGACGAGGGCACUCCAGGCCGUAACGCUGACAGGACGCGGCUUUGGGGAACUUGUUCGACCGGUAGGCCCAGCUUCUUGCGAGACCUGGUCUCAACUACCACGUCAUCGAUACCUCCUUGCAUGCUGUGUUUCGGAUAUGGACGCUAUCGUUAGGGACCAUCGCAGUUCUAGCGAUGACUAUGUCCGGCUAAGUGACGAUCUUAUAUGGCAUAAUGCGGUCAACAUCUCCGGAAGAUGCCAUUGUGGCUGUGUUGCUGCGCAUCAUGGAGAACCAGUCCAUGUACUUUUCCCAUCGACACUAUCUCACAGGUUAUGUGCCAGAAGGACUCCCAUGCCUAUUGCAGGUAGUGGUGCUGUAGUGUUUGGACAUAACCCGGGCUUUUCUUGGAUUUGGGGAGAUGUUGGUCCACCGACGCAACAACAACCAUGGGAGGAGGUAACUGUAAGUCAUAUAUCAGACGGGGCAGAUAAGGAUAGUGGAGUUGGUGCGAGUCUCGUGACCUCCUCAACUGAGGGCCAUGUCAACUCAAUACGGAGUUCGAGUAUAUCACGUCAACUAUCGCCAGUGAAGAGGACGCCCGAGAGCGGAGCUAUUCCGUUGAGCGAGAGCAAGUAUUAUGCACGAAACCAAUAUACGGUUGGCAUCCUGUGCGCGUUACCGAUUGAGCUGAAGGCAAUACGAGCCCUGUUUGAUCAAAGACACCAGAACAUGGCAAGCGUCCUCGGCGACAACAAUCAGUAUGCACUGGGCGAGAUAUCACAGCAUCUGGUGGUGGCAACAUCUCUUCCAGCUGGAGAAUAUGGAACAAAUGCAGCUGCGUCAGCAAUAUCCGAUAUGACACGCAGCUUCAUGUCUAUAAACUUCUGCUUAUUGGUUGGCAUCGCUGGUGGUGCACCCUCGGAAGGUGAUGAUAUUAGACUAGGCGACGUUGUUGUCAGUUUACCUACCAGCACAUUCCCUGGCGUGCUCCAGUACGAUCUAGGGAAGGAGAAUGAGGGAAGCGACUUUGAGGUUACAGGCGUAUUGCGACGACCGCCUCGCAUCUUGACUAAUGCCAUUAGCAAGAUCCGUUCGGAUCCAGAUAUCGGGCUUGAUGCACUGAACCCAUACCUUGCCGAAAUCGUCAAAUCACUGCCAUCUUAUGGUAACCCGGGUCAAGAGCUGGAUGUACUAUUCCGCGCUUCUUGUUCUCGUAGGAGUUGCAGGCCCGGCUGCUCGCAUCUUGAGACGCGCCUCCCACGGUUGACAACCGAACCGAGGAUCCAUUACGGCCUGGUAGCAUCAGGUAACCGUGUGAUCAAAGAUGCGACUUUGCGUGAUCGGCUGUCACGCAAGUUCGGAGUGUUAUGCUUUGAGAUGGAAGCUGCUGGGGUGAUGAAUAGGACAGAUUGUCUUGUGAUACGAGGGAUAUGCGACUACAGUGAUGCUCAGAAGAACAAGGUCUGGCAGAACUACGCUGCUGCUGUAGCCGCAGCGUACACUAAGCUUUUGCUGAGUGCGGUAGCGGUAGUGAACGAUCUGCCAGUCAACUUGGUGAGAUCUGAUAAUGAGCCUGUGUUCAAGAAGCGAAAGAUCGAUACUGGCAAUGAAGGGCAUGAAUAA